GAAAACAUUUUUUUUCUUGUCAUUUCUCUUGUUUUCAUAAACAAAUUGCCACGUUUUCUCUGGCUAAAAGUACCCUGGAAAUUAUCUUGCUAAUCUCUGCUCACAAUUGAGGACCUUUGCUGUUUGUUGGAUAAGAGAAACCUGCGAAAUUAGCAGUAUUUUGUGACUGAGAAGUGCUAUUCUCUGAGCAUCAUGAGUCCCAAGCUGAGCUUCACAAAAAACCUCUUCCAGCGCUUGAAGACGGUGAAGACAUCCUUCAGAGGCUGCCUGUAUGGGGUGAGAACUGAGGAGUGUCUCUUGGUUCUGGGUUUCGUUGUCAGCAAUACAUUGGAUGAUGGAUCCUUUUCCGGGGUUGAUAAAGCUUUCACUGCCGUGGAGAAUAACUUGCCGGCUGGUGUUGAUUUCUGCGGAUACAUCGUCGUGGGAGAGGUCCUGGAGGCCGGAAAGUCCUUCGAAGGUAACACAGAUGUUUCACAUUGCGCAUUGUUAACUUGUAGUACUGAUAUGGAGCAAGUAGCUGCGGGGUUUCUUGUCAAGGGCGUCUUCCGGGAGUUUGCAUAUGAUACUCUUGAAUAUGGGGAAGUUAUCGAAAGAUUGUACCUGGUUAGAACUCAGUACAAAGCCAAUUUAAUGGUAGAAUUGACGGAAGAUUGUGUGAGGGCUGUUUUCAGGGAUUUGAGGAAGAAAUUCUCUUCCGGAAGGCUUCAUUUUUCUGCAAGAAAUUCAGAUAUUUAUGUCAGUUCUGAGGUUUCAAGGGGAGAAGUUAGUCAGGGAGAUGUCCCAAAUGUUGAGGUUAUUUUUGCAGAGAUAAAUAGGAAUCCGGAAGGAUCUAAGGCAAAGGGGAAGAAAGAGACAUUUUCUGACUACCGGGUAAUUAAUAUUGAUGUCAUGGUUAACAAAACCGAACUGAGAGAUGAAUUCUCAAAUAAGAGAUGUGUCAGGGUUAAGUUUAGUAACGCUCAGAAGUAUUCCAUUCCUCUGAUUCUCGAAGGGAUGUCCCUGGUUCCCAAAGAAACGGACACAAAUGAGCUCUAUCACGUCCUGGUGGAGAGUUUGUCCCGGAAUUUAUCCCUUGUGGAGGAAACUCUUCUUGCCAGUUUAGACAGGGAUGAAGACUUUCUCUCUUUGAGGUCGUACAAUGUCAAAAUGCAUGAUUUUGGGCAUAGUUUUCUGUGCGUCUGGCCACAGAAGAUUGACGAGAGCAAGCCUGUCCUUAAGGACCGUCGAAGGCUCUUCCAUAAAACUUUCGGUUUGCCCCUGACGCGGCCCUAUUUCCGCCGCAAAAACGUCCUUCCCGAGGCGGAUGGUCAAGUUCUGAUGAACACGCACCUUGGCCUGAAAUCUUCUCCCAAUCAGUACCUAGUUCAGGGUACUUACGGGUACUAUCACUACAUGCAGCAGAAUUACAAUGAUUCAGGCUGGGGUUGUGCCUAUCGCUCUUUCCAGACCAUCUUCUCCUGGUUCAGAUAUCAGGGUUACACUGAAAAGCCCAUUCCCACUCACUAUGACAUCCAGGAAGCUCUGGUUAGCAUGGGAGACAAACCCAGAGCUUUCCUAGGAUCCACUCAGUGGAUUGGAUCGACUGAGGUGUCCCUAUGCCUAGAGAAAUUCCUCAAUAUCACCUCCCGGAUAAUGUUUGUGCAAUCAGGGAAGGAUUUGGGGGACAAAGGUGCCGAAUUGGCAAUGCAUUUUGAGUCCCAGGGAACGCCCAUUAUGAUUGGGGGCGGAGUCCUAGCUCACACAAUAAUUGGGGUGGAUUACAAUAGAGAAUCCGGUGAAACGAGAUUCCUAAUCCUCGAUCCCCAUUACACUGGAGCCGAAGAUCUCCAUACCAUUCAGCAGAAGGGUUUCUGCAAUUGGAAGACUGUCAAUUUCUGGGACAAAAAGACAUUCUAUAAUCUCUGCAUGCCCAUUAGACCAAUUGAAUUCUAAUUCAAAGAACACAAAAAAUCAGUACGGUAUUUGGGAAAAAAAAGAAACCUUGCUCAAUUGCUUCUGUUUCAAAAAAUAUAUUUCUACAAUUUUUGUAUCUUACAUUUGCCAAGAAAAAUCAGAAAAUAUAUAUUUCUUUGGAUUCCCCUCAACAAUGAGAGUUUUACUGACUUGCAGUGAAAGCCUAAAGUCACAUUUUGAAUGGUAUUCUAGUCUACGAUGGACAAAAUUCUCCUAUUUUUGGUUAGGUUAUUCAUAAAAUUGAGGUUAUGUUGGUCUUAACCUAAAAAUUUGUGCAUUUUUUAGAGAAAUGACUUCAGAAUAAAUUAAUUUAUUUGGUGGAUUAACCAUCAGUCAUAUUCAUUUCAAAUCAUCAAUUUAUAAAAUUCUCAUUACUUUUGUAAAUUUUCUUAAACAAUUUUGAAAUACUUUGUAUAUUUCUAACCUAGGAAAACAUAACCUGUUUUUUCUAUUUUUGUUUUAAAGAAAAUAAUUUUUUUCGUCCUUUGAGUUGCCAAAUUAUUUUAAAAAAAUAACAUUAAGAGCUUUUUCAUUUAAAUUAAAGUGCAACAUAGCCUUAUUGUUGAAUAAAGCUGUCUACACGUUAGACAAAUUAUUGAAAUAAUAGCACAUCAAAGUAACAUUGAAAAGAAACUUCAAUAUUGAAGCAAAUAUUGAAAGCAAUAUUACAAUAAUUGCCUACACACUGAACAAAUUGACUUCAAUAUUAAAAACACCAGUCUAGUCAACGAUUCACAGAUCUUCUGGGAUUUUCUUCCGUAUUUUGUCAAGAACACCCAAAAAUAACCAAAUUGGUCAGAAGAUUUCUCCAGCUUCGUCCAGGAAAUCCCAGAUCUUCUGGAAUUUUCUUGUAUAUUAUGCCAAAAAUACUUCAGAUUGGAAACAAAAGCCAAAUAGAAGUAAUAACUUGAAUUCUCACAGACUGUCACGAUCAUGCUUCGUAUCAUACCGUAGGAGAGUUUAUCAUCGCGAGUAAAAGGAUUGGCUUGUGGCCACAGCCACAAGCCUUCUUUCCCUCUGUAGGAUUCCAUUUCGUAUCAUAAAAUUAUACUUAUAUGAAGUGCUUUGGGCAUAAUGAACAAGAAAAUCCCAGAAAAUUUGGGAUUUCCUGGAGGAAGCUCCAGGAAUCCUCUACCCACCGAACGUAUCUCACUGGUUUUUGACAUAAUUUUCAAAAAAAAUCCAAAAAGAUCUGGGACUUCUGGAGGAAGCUCCAGGAAUCCUCUGACCACAGAAAGUAUCUGAAGUGGUUUGGGAAUAAUAUACAAGAAAAUCCCAGAAGACUGGGAUUUUCUGGAGGAAGCAGAAGAGAUGUGUCUUGACUUGGAUUUUGAUCUGGGAUGUGUUUUCAUUCAUGACAAAGGAAAAUCCGGCAGUUCUGUGAUGUUGUGAAAAUAUUGAAGGAAAUAUCAAAUCAAUUUGAUAUUUAGAAUUUCUUUGAAAUUUUAUUUCAAUGUAACUUUGAAAUUUUUUAUUGACAUAAUUUGGCAUAGUUUGUAGCCAUUUAAAAUAAUGAAAUAAAAUUUUCCAUAUUGAAACAAAUAUUUCAAUAUUUGCCUACACACUGGACAAUUUUCUUCAAUAUUGAAACAUUUAUGACAAUAAAUCUUGCAAUCCUUGUCAAUAUUUGAUAUUGAAAAAAAUAUUUCAAUAAAUUAUGUCUAAUGUAGGUAUAGCCAGCUUAAGAGAUUGAACGUCGAUGCUUUAUUCUCUUGUAAUUAAAAGGUUAACUUUAGCAGUAAGAUUAUGUGGAACAAAACGAAUGAUAAAUCAAAAUAUUUUUUACCAAGCAUUGUGUAGCAUACUUUAAUUUUUAAUUACAGUAGAGUCCCUCAAAUCUGAAUCUCCCAAAUUCGAACGACGGACGGUAGAAUUUGAAAUGUCAAUUGUGGGGUUAUGUUAAAAAGUUCGUGUUGUGGAUGAUAGAAAAUCAUUUUUCUGUGCUACUUCCUGAAUAUUUACAUACAUUAUGAGCAAAUAAAAUGAAGAGGAAGUUCGCCACUAAGAAGAAUUGUGAGAAAGUACGGGUAUUGGAUUCAAAGUACAAUUUAAUCUCACAUAAAUUCCGUUAAUUUUGAAAAUAUCGUUCGAAUUUGAGAGGUGAGAAAUGUCAAAAAAUCCCCCUGAGCGUUCGAAUUUGCAAGACUCUGCUUUGAGGUUAUGUUAAGCCUAACCUCAAAAAACUAAAACAAUUUGUACAACCGAAGCUUUUAGUCCAAUAAAAUAAUCGUUCACUCGAUCAGUAAACAAUUCUAUUUUUUCAGAGUGAAUUAUAAUUUAUGCGCGUCAAAAAAAGAACUAAAAAUUAUUUUAAUUUAAAUUCGAACUUUAGGAACAUAACAGAAUUCACUGAGUAUCUAAUAAUUUCUAAUUACUUUUAAUAAUGCAGGUCUGCAAAAUUUUAGAUCUUUUAGAAAAAUUAUUUUUUUUUACUUUCAAUUUGAAAGAAGAAAUACAAGCAAAAUUAAGAAAAUUAGUGAUUUACUGCAAUGCUCCGAGCGGCAAUCUUUAGAAGUUCGAAUGUGCUAACAAGUCUUUAGAAGAAAAAAUUGUUUAUAUUGCUUUCCUGCACUGAGAGAAAUCCGAAAAAGUUAAAAUAAGAUUCCGGAAAUGUUUAUUUUACCCUGCAGUAUUGAUCCAAAAUCGGUGUAAAUAUUAUGCUUUUUAGGUGUAUUAGGGAUUAAAGUUACCCCUUUUCAUAUUAAUUUUACCCUUAAAAAGAUGUAAAAUUAACAUUAAAAAAUGUUGAUAUAUUUUUACACCUUAAAAAUGUUAAAGUUACGAGGAAAAAAUGUUAAUCGCACCGCCGUUUUUCUCUCAGUGUUGACACAUUUAGAAUUUUUGAAGUGGUUAAUCUUUUUUUAGGUUAGGUCACAUAUAACCUGAAAUUCUAGAAUAAAUUCAUCAUCUAAAGGCCCUUUGUCUUUAAUAAUUUGUGACCCGUAACAGGUCAAUGUUUUAUCACUAAUAUGGCGAUUUUUAAUACAAGUUAACCUGAUCAAUAAGUCUUCUAAAUGCUCUAUAACCACAAUCUCGUUUUUUGUCUUUUUUUAAAUUUUCAAUUAGAAAUAACCAAUUAAAUAUUUUAAAUGAUAAAAUUUGUGUUUUAUGCUAUACAUUUGAUUGAGGUUAUGCUCAACAUCCAACACAACUUUGAGUCUUAAAAUAACCUUAUGAUCAAGAUGGAGAAUUAAGUCCAACAGUAAGAAAAAUUUCUAUUAAUUAAGUAAAGGUUAAGUCGCAAAAUAAAGUAAUUAGAUUUGAAAAUUUCGAAAUUUCGCAAACAGUUUUAUGUUAAAAAUAAUCUGACAUUCAAAUUGCUUUUUGUGAGCAUUUUAAAGCAGUUUCAAGUCAUUUUUCAAUUGAUUUGAGGUUAUGAAAAUAUAACCAAAAAAUUGAGAUGAUAUUAGCGUACACAUAAUAGAUUCUGUUUUAGAAAUCUUGGAUACGAGAAAUUGUUAUUACUAAACAUAUAAGAAAUAUUCAGUCAAAGGGAUAUUUCACUUUUUUAACCUUGACUUAACCUUUAGUUUAUCCAAGAAAUUUUCCGAACAGAUCAACUUGGAUAAAGAUCAAAUGAUUAGCUUCCAUAAAAUCCGUGUAUUGCUCUUAAAAGAAAUCUUGUUCGAAAGAGUAUUUGUGAGUGUUUCAAUUUAUUGUUCUUUUUUUUUAAGUCUCUAAGGCCAAUCUUUAUCCAAGAAUUGAUCGAUAUCCUUUAUCCAAAAAAAAAACACCAUUCCACAUUGGAUAACGCUGUAUAAUAAAUAUCCUACAUCUAUAAAGGUUUUUUUCAACAAAAAUAAAAUAAAUUUUUUGUAUAAUCUGUAUAGCAUUUAAAACUAAAUAAAAUUUGUUUACGUUAUUA